GAAAAGGUAAAGAGUAGUAGUCCCUGAUGUGUCACAGGCCUCAUGGUCAGCAGGAGAAUAUAAAAGGACCAGUAAGUGAACUCAGGGCUACAGUGCGAAAAUAUCCACAGUCCUUCAACCAUGGGAAAGAUUGUUUUUUACGAGGGUCGAAACUACCAGGGCCGCCACUGGGAGUGCAGCAGUGACUGCAUGGACACCUACCGGUACUUCAACGGCUGCAACUCCAUUCGUGUCAGCGGCGGUUACUGGGUGGCCUACCAGAAGCCUCACUACAUGGGUUACCAGUACAUCCUCGGCCCUGGCGACUACCCGGACUACAACUCAUGGAUGGGCUUCAACAACUGCAUCCGCUCCUGCCAGAUGUUCCCCCCUUAUAGGGGAUCCUAUAGAAUGAGGCUCUACAACAGGCCCGACAUGAUGGGACACACGAUGGAGUUCAUGGAUGACUGCCCCAAUGUGUACGAGCGCUUCCAUUACCGAGACAUCUACUCCUGCAACGUCAUGGAGGGCUACUGGAUCUUCUACGAGCACCCCAACUACAGGGGGCGGCAGUACUUCCUGCGCCCCGGGGAGUACAGGUCCUGCGGUGACUGGGGCUGCUUCAACCCCAUGGUGGGCUCUUUCAGGAGGAUGAGGACUAGCAUGUAAAACUCCACCUAUGCAAUCAUCAAAUGAACAAUAAACAUUUACCUUUAAAACAA